AUGGGUGUUUUAAGUCUAAACAUUGAAAAUUGGAGAACAAUUCUAGUAGCUGUUGUAAUAUUCAUGAUAACAUAUCUAACAACAAGACGGGACAAAAAUGUUCCACCAGGACCAAAUAGAUGGCCUAUAAUAGGAAACAUUGGAUCGUUAAUUGGCGGAGAUACACUUGACAAGCUUGCUGAACUACGUAAGAAAUAUGGAGAUAUAUUUGGAGUGUAUUUAGGGUCAGAAUUGACAAUAUUCCUCAACGGCUAUGAUACAAUACACGAAGCUUUAGUAAAACGGGGGACAGUAUUCUCGGUUAAGGGAAUAUUUGGACUGACGCGACGUCCACAAGAUUACAAAGUGAACAUUCGCCUAAG